AUGGGGAAAUUCGUGACUGCCUUAUUGUGCCUUGUGGCCAAUGUUUACGUUGUACACAGCGAAAGUGAUACUAGCAAAAUUGUUACCCGCAUGAUUCUGAAGACAGACAGGGAAAUCAUCGCGAUUUACAACAUACAAUCAGAAAUAGAUGAACAACUGGAAUAUAUUAAUGCCAACGCUACGACAAUGAAAAACACAGUGAAUGGAAGUAUAAUAUCAGCGAUCGAAGAGUACGAAGACAGGUGGAACACGUUGAUAGCGUCCACCAGACUCGAUUACUUCUCGUGCAACGUCUCAUGGUCGGAUGAGUACACGAAGGGAGAAGCACUCGUAGCCGAAAUAUGCGAUUGCAUCACGUGCUACGUGACCAGUGCAGCGUCCGCUGCCGACGAGUUUGACGAAUACAUCGAGGAAACCGCGGAGUUUCUGCUUACGAAAUUGCAGAAGAUUGCGCGUAGCGAUGAUGACGAGAUGUUUGACUUCUUCAGCAGCGUGACAUUCAAUGGAACGACCAUCACCCGUGAGGCUUUGUUGUUAAACAACGUCGCGGCAAUGGGUAACAAAUUCGCCAAGACUUACAGCGAUUUUUCCUACAAGGCGUUGAAUUGCGUCAACGCAACUGCAGUGAUCGAUUUUGCAACGACUGUGAAAGCCUAUUACAUCGAUGCAGAGAAUUGUUUCACGGCUUUGGAAAGCAGUUCUUCAUAGACUUCUUCGCAAUUUAUGCCGGAGUGACAAUAUUUACUAGCUGAAUUCAUAAUUGUU